AUGAAAGCACUAAGGGAUCAGGUAUUAACAUUUUUCAGUGCUCUUCUACUUACAUAAUUGGUACUAGUAGCUGUACGCUACUAAUUACUUGAGUAGCUUCUAGAGUUGUUGUAGCUGAGAUUAUCUUGGUUCACUAGUGAAAAAGAUGUUGAAAAGCACCUUUUUUUUUGUACGACUAGGUUGACGCGCGGUUCAUGGAAAGUCUGGCACAACCGGCAUUGCCACCACCACCCCCAGCACCCACAAACGUCGUUGCACCAGCACCGACGCCCCCACCGCCUGGUACUUUUACUCAGCAUACUGAUUUGAUUCGUAACAAAAUGAGUGUACUACAUGAGUGCUUGUUUUGCUUGUUAAGAAACUUUAUUUCCUCGAAAUUUAUGAGUACUUCUUGCCAUCCUUUCACCAAUGAUCUUGGUACAACAACAAAAAAACUUUUUUCAGCAGCAGCUGCCGAACCAGCAGCGCCAGCGAAACCGAAGACUCUUGCGGAAGAAUUUGCAGACUUGGCUAAGCGUGACGCGCAAGCCAAACGUGCAGUGAGAGAUCCCGCACGCUUGAAGAAUGAUCCUAGAAUGCGGAUGCUCAUCGCCCAAUACCUAGACGAGUACCCUCUCGUAAAACAGUUCCUUGAAGAUGAGUCAUAACCAGCUGUCCUGAUGACAUGUUGUAGAUACACAGUAGUGUUACCUUUUAAUGAAUUGUUCCUGAAUUCAUGAUCUCUCACUCUCAGACGACACCACCAGAAUAUAUUUAUUGAAUUUCCUAGAACAAGUAGCAGUGAAUGCUAGACAAAUUUAAUGAAGUAGUAUAUCAGGCUAAGAAAUUUGAGGUAACAUGUUGAUGACAUCUAUUCGCUCUUAAAUGGAGAAUGAUUUCGCACGUGCCCACUCCCAGAUCAUCUCCUGUUGAGAUGAGCCGACCCCUUCCUUGGACAAAAUCGCGACAUUGAGACGCAUUUCAACACACAAAGUGGCGCCUGCGGGUGCUCAUAUUAAGUGCGCACAUGAAUCAAAAAGAUUCAUUUCGAUUGACCUUCAAUAUUGCGAAGCAUACUGCUCGGCCUGGGAAGCGCAAGGAAAAGCAGCCAUCCCGCGAUAGACAC